UGGCUGCUCUGCCGGCGACUCUGUAGAGCCGGUUUGACAGGGCAAACAAAGAUGGUGGCUCCUGUGAUAGGGUUCUCCGCGGUGGAGGCCUCCCGCGGGAAGCGAGCCGCCCUCUCCAUCGCUCUGGUGGCCGCUGUGGUGGGGCUGCCCCUUUGGUGGAAGACGACCGAGACAUACCGAGCCACCCUGCCCUACUCGGACAUCAGUCAGCUGGGCUACCUGCAGCUUCAGCUCACUGUGCCUGUUGAGGUGGUGUUUUCUAAAGGAACACUGACUGCUGAGCAACAAAGGAGAAUCCCAGCUUCUGAUUCAAACGAAAAGGAGAUGGUAUUAAAUGCUCACACCAGUUUUAGCACCCGCUAUGAGUUCAAGUACAGAAGAACAAGUAUUGAGGAAGAUGAAGUACUCUCUCUGCUGAGUUUACAAGAAGCAGAUGAAGCUCUCCAGCAGUUCAGUAAAGGAACCCAGGGAUCCCUGUCUCUGUUUAUUGUAACAGAAACCACUCACCUUUUCCCACAGGGGGUCACGGUCUACAUUGGCAAGCAUAGAAGAUCAUUCGUUAAACUCACACUGGACCCUUCGCUAUCCACGGAAGAAAUCCGCCAUACAUUGUAUCGUAAAGUAGAGCACAUUAUUCACACCAUGUCCAUCACUGAGGAGGCUGUCACUGCCUCGCUGUCUGAUAGGAUCUCCAUUGGUCGGUUCAAUAAAGAUGACUUUGAGAGCAGCAGAAGAGCAUUAAAGUCCAGCCCAGGUUAUGAAAUCACAUUCACCCUUCUCAACCCAGAUCCAAAAUCUCAUGACUUAAACUGGAAUAUAAGCUCUGCCUCAGACCAUUCUAUCCAGCCGUUCGUUCCUGGACAAGUUGCAGCCUGUAGCCAACUUCUCUGUAGACUCUCAGAUUCUGUAUUAUGCUGUCCUUGGAGUCAAUCCUCGAUUUGACAAGGAAACCUCAAGCUACAUCCUAAAUGCACACAACCUGCCCCAUGUCAUCAAUCCUGUAGAGGCCAGACUUGGUUCCAGUGCUGCCUCUCUGUACCCUGUACUCAACUUUUUACUCUACGUCCCGGAGUAUUUUCACUCUCCCCUCUACAUUCAGAACAAAGAUGGCAGGAGGGUACCCAGUAAUGCAUUUCACAGCCCCCGUUGGGGUGGUAUCAUGGUAUAUAAUAUGUGAACUAUGGGAAUCUGGAGGAGCUGGAAUUUCCAGUACAUGUUAAUAUUGACAUGAUAUCAGUCAUGGAGGUUUUUCUGACACAGUUACGGCUUCUUUUAGGUAUAUCAAAAAGUAUAUGUGCCUGCCAGCUAUCAGCUGGAAAAUCCAGGCAAUGAAGGACUGACUGACUGGGAGUUAGAUAAGCUUCUCUGGACAAGAGCUGUGGAAAACAUUGCUACAGUCACUACCACAUUGACCUCCUUGGCUCAGCUACUGGAUCAGAUUGGGAACAUUGUCAUCAAUGACAAUGUAGCCUCGGAGGUAUAUCAUGCAGUGUCGUCUGUUCAAAUUGCACUGUCUGAACUGGAAGCUGGCAGGCUGGAGAAUGCUUUUAAAGCAAGCAAAGAAGCCAUUACUUCUUCAGAGAAGGCUUUCUUUGACCCUUCCCUGCUUCACCUCUUGUAUUUCCCAGAUGACCAGAAAUUUGCCAUUUAUAUUCCUCUGUUCUUGCCCAUGGCUGUCCCUAUCUUACUGUCUCUGCUGAAGAUAGCUAAGGAAUACAAGUCAAGCAAGAAGGAAGCCACCAAAACGGACUGA